AUGGCCACAUUUGAUUCGUACAAAAUCGUUCAUAUUCCGAGGAGCAAGAACAAAAAACCCAAUGCUUUAAGCAAGUUGGCUUCAGUCACAUUCUUCCACUUGUCCAAAGAGGUAUUAGUUAAAACUUUGCAAGCUCCAUCCAUCAGUCAAGGUAAAGCUGUAAUGUCAAUCACCGUGCAAGAAAAGUCGUGGAUGACACCAAUUUUGGAUUAUUUGGAAAAUGGUACACUUUCGGAAGAUAAGGCUCAAGCACGGAAAAUGAAGGUCAAAGCACUCCAGUACCAAGUGCAUGAUGGAAAGCUUUACCGAAAGACAUUCUUGGGUCCGCUUCUGAGAUGCUUAACACCGGAAGAAGCCAGCUAUGUAAUCAGAGAAAUUCAUUGGGGAAUCUAUGGUAUACACUCCGGGCCGAGGAUGGUCAUAGCCAAAGCAAUGAAUGCCGGAUACUUCUGGUCGGGAAUGCACCAAAGCGCCGUUAACGAGCUGCAAGCAUGCGAAGAUUGUCAGUGCCAUGCCCUGGUCAGCCACCUUGCAAAAAACAGCCUCGUACCAGUGACCUCGGCCUGGCCUUUUCAGAAAUGGGGAGUUGCAUUGUUGGUCCUUUCCCCGUCUCCACCGGAGGUGUAA